CGCCGGGCUAAUGAAUGAUAAAAAAGACGUUAAACUACGGCCGAGCUAUACCAUUCUCCAAAAUUGGCUGUUGAAUGCAGGAAACGCUAUUUACAUUGGAAAGGCACUGUCGGAAGUGCCGGUGGAUAUUUUUGUUAUUGUUGUUCACCAUGGCGAACCCGAUAUCAACUUCGUUUCCUGUCGCAUGGUGCCACCAACCGUACUAACCGCGGACGUCUUGGAGGAUCUUUUACUGGAUGGGUUUUACGGCAUCCGCAUGGGCAGCAGCAUAAGCCAUCUUGCAGCCAACCGCCACCACUGGCCUCCACACAUGAUCUAUGCUAUGUCCCUGGGCAUGGGUGGUCGGUGGUACACACCAUGUGAGAAAGGUUCCACAUCGAUUAGGGGGCCCGUUGGCUAUUCGCUCGGCAAAAAAUGCGGGAGCGCGUGCAAUCAAGUGAAGCUCCAGCGAGAGCAUCAGAUCACCGAUAUUGCCCGGGCCUGCUCGCGCCCUGCCUUCAACAAUACGUUCUACCAAGACAGGGUGUUCCACGCCCUCGUUACGUACGACGUAACAGCAGAAUUGGUCUUCACCUAUGACAGCCCUCGCAACCUUCGUGCCAAGCUCUGCAAAGCCAAGACGAAUGCGACGGACGUGGAAUACACCUUUGUCGCUGCAGACAUCCAGCUAGAGGACGCCAAAGGCACCUGCGGCUACGGGCCAUACCCUCGGCUCUACAUGCUCAAGAAGCUGGCGGCGUUCUUUGCUUUUAAUUACACGUCUGCCGGUAGAGAGCGACAGUGCAGGGCGGUCACAUAAUAAUAUACGCUCAAUUGUUGCUAUCUGCUCAUGCUAAUAAAAAAAACAUUUUGCGUAAAUAAAUAAAGAGAAAUUAUAGGUCUUU